AGGAAAAGGGAAAAAGUGAAGGAAAUAUGCCUUGCUUUACUUUUAUCCAAAAAAAAAAAACACUUUGCUUUGCUUUGCCUGCAAGCAUCCCUCUUCUAUGUACUCUACAGUCCACAGGCUCCACAGCAUGGUUUGAGGUAUGACCGAUUGCCCCUUUCAAUGCCUCUCUCUCUCUCGGAGAGAAACUAAAGAGUAGACCACAACAGAGAAACCCAACUGAUUCAUAUCCUCAGUCCAUCAAAGUAUCAGUUGAUACACAGAAGGGGUUGUGUUUGGGGUUUGGGUUUAGUUGUUUCGGGUCCCUCAGACAAUGGGCUAUCGACGCCGGAAUGAUCGAAGUACUACCGGUCAAGAGUGGAUUCCUAGAGGAUCAUCUACUGCUACUGCCAUGAAAUCACCUUUGAGUUUCAAUUCAAAUCCCAGUGGAAACAAUGGGGACUCAAAUUACAGUUCCGCCUCUUCUGGGAGUCGCCAUAGAGGAGGAUCUGUUCGGCGAAGCUACACGGCUCUGCCUUCGUAUCCGAAGAAUGAACCAGAGACUCCGGAAGAUGUCCCGCAACUUGUCCUUGAAAUUGAAGAUAAGCUUGCAAAAAGGGCGAUUGAAUGCAUGAUUUGUUAUGAAAUGGUAGGGAAGUGUGCCCGAAUCUGGUCGUGCUCGUGCUGUUACUCCAUUUUCCAUCUCAGUUGUAUAAAGAAAUGGGCUCGAGUAUCGACUUCCGUUGAUUCGUCUGUGGAGGAGAACCAGGGUGUCAAUUGGCGGUGUCCUGGUUGCCAGUCUCUGCGACUUCUGACCGCGAAGGAGAUUCGAUACGUUUGUUUCUGUGGGAAAAUGCCAAACCCUCGUAGAGAUUUGAAUCUGACGCCGCAUUCAUGUGGAGAGCCAUGUGGGAAGCCAUUGGAGAGGGAGGUUGCAGGCGGUGUCGAUGGCAAUGGCAACGGCAACGAUCAUGAUCGGUGCCCCCAUCUCUGUGUCUUGCAGUGUCACCCAGGUCCAUGCCCACCUUGUAAAGCUUUUGCUCCACCCAGGCGGUGCCCUUGUGGGAAGAAGACGAUUAAGACAAAAUGCUCCGAUCGGAAUUCCGAACUUAAUUGCAGGAAGCCCUGUAACAAGCUUCUGGAAUGUGGGCUUCGUCACAGGUGUAAGCAGAUUUGCCACCAGGGACCGUGUGAACCUUGUCAAGUUUCAAUCAAAAUAUCGUGUUUCUGCAAGAAGAAUAAGACAGAGUUUCUUUUUUGUAAAGCGUUUGUUAAGGAUCAGAGGCCAAUUGAUGAUGUUAUCUCAUGUAAUUCCACUUGUGGCAAGAAACUUGCUUGUGGAAAUCAUUACUGUGGCAAGAAUUGCCAUCCUAACUCAUGUGGGGAUUGCGAAUUUUCGAUUAAGACCUGCUACUGUGGCAAAACGAAGAUACAGAAUGAAAGGAAGAGUUGCAGGUACCCAACCCCGAGGUGCUCACAGAUUUGUGGUAAGCUUCUUCCCUGUGGGUUUCAUUACUGCAGCAAAAGUUGCCAUCCUGGUUCAUGUGGGGAUUGCGAACUGUCGAUUAAGACCUGCUACUGUGGCAAAACGAAGAUACAGAAUGAAAGAAAGAGUUGCAGGUACCCAAUCCCGAGGUGCUCGCAGAUUUGUGGUAAGCCUCUUCCCUGUGGGUUAUUUCACAUUCACUACUGUAAGGAGUUGUGUCAUUCUGGGAACUGCCCACCUUGUCUGGUUCAGGUUAACCGAAAUUGCCAUUGUAGUUCUUCUUCUUCUUCUUGGACCGUUGAGUGUUACAGAAGGAGGGGCAUAGAGUUUUUCUGUGAUAAGGAUUGCGGGCUGGAAAAGAACUUGGAGAGACAUAGUUCCCUUGGUCGGAUAACUGCCAGAGUCCAUUGUGAUGCUGCAGGCAGUGGUCGUAUUAAUACUGUUUCUGAAGCAUCUGUCAAGCAAAACUUACCAGUUCCUCUUCAACCUGUGGAAGCAACUGACAAGAAGGUCCCUGGACAGAGGAAGUUCGUCAUUGCCAUCACUGUGUUUGUUGUUUGGUGUUUUUUAUCCAAGUUGUUGGGUGAUUUGCAACCCGGGUAGCAAAUUUUUUUAUCAGUGGUUGCUGAUGUUUUAAGAGAAUUUAUUGCAACCAAAAUGGUGAACUAAGACACUGUAACAUUGCUUUUUUGAAUAUUUUUGAAAAUAUGUUUUUUUUCUAAAAAUAAUGAUUAACAAAAUUUUCUCCCUA